GAGUCCCGCGGCUCCCUCGAAGGCUUGGGGACCCCCGGCAGAAGAGAACCGGACAGAAACCGAGGAAAGCGCUAGUCGGACAGUCCGCCGGUCGGAGAUCCGGGGACGCUCUGGGGCCGCAUCCGCUGCUCCAGGUCCUUCUCGGAGCCGCUGCCAUGGGAGAGCCAGCCCUGGGCGCUGGGGACCAGCCGCCUCUGCCGCCGCGCCCGCCUCGGAUCGGCGGCCCCAGUCCCGGCGCCCGCAGCCGGCCUGCAGCGUCCCCCUCCCGGGCUGCAGGGCUGCCUCCGCCGCGCCGCCGGCCCCGGCUGUGCCUGUGAUGAGCCGCAGCUCGCCUCGAGCUCUUCCCCCGGGCGCGCUUCCCCGGCCGCUGCCGGCUGCGCCUGCCGCCGUGCAGCGGGCCCUGCUCCCGCCGUGGCCCCGGCGCGCAGGACGCCGCUGGCCUGCGUCCCCGCUCGGGAUGAAGGUGUUUCGCAGGAAGGCGCUGGUGCUGUGCGCGGGCUACGCACUGCUGCUGGUGCUCACGAUGCUCAACCUUCUGGACUACAAGUGGCAUAAGGAGCCGCUGCAGCAGUGCAACCCCGACGGGCCUCUGGGUGCCGCGGCGGGGGCGACAGGGGGCGGCUGGGGACGGCCGGGGUCGCCUCCUGCAGCGCCACCCCGCGCUCACCCGCGCAUGGACCCCCGUACUCCAUACCGCCCUCCCGCAGCCGGCUUGGGGGCAGUUCCCGCAGCCGCGGCGGGGGCUGUAGGAGCGGCGGCCUCUCCAGGCAAUGGCACUCGAGGCACCAGGGGUGGAGGGGACAAGCGGCAGUUGGUGUAUGUGUUCACUACGUGGCGUUCCGGUUCGUCCUUCUUCGGCGAGCUCUUCAACCAGAACCCUGAGGUGUUCUUCCUCUACGAGCCUGUGUGGCACGUGUGGCAAAAACUGUACCCCGGGGACGCGGUUUCCCUGCAGGGGGCAGCGCGGGACAUGCUGAGCGCUCUGUACCGCUGCGAUCUUUCGGUUUUCCAGCUGUAUAGCCCCGCCGGCAGUGGGGGGCGCAACCUCACCACUCUGGGCAUCUUUGGGGCAGCCACCAACAAGGUGGUGUGCUCCUCGCCACUCUGUCCCGCCUACCGCAAGGAGGUCGUCGGGCUGGUGGACGACCGCGUGUGUAAGAAGUGCCCACCUCAACGCCUGGCACGCUUCGAAGAGGAGUGCCGCAAAUAUCGCACGCUGGUUAUCAAGGGCGUGCGCGUCUUCGAUGUGGCUGUGUUGGCUCCGCUGCUUCGAGAUCCAGCCCUGGACCUCAAGGUCAUCCACCUGGUGCGGGAUCCUCGCGCGGUUGCCAGCUCUCGCAUCCGCUCACGCCACGGCCUCAUCCGGGAAAGCCUACAGGUGGUGCGAAGCCGGGAUCCGAGAGCUCACCGCAUGCCGUUCCUGGAGGCCGCUGGCCACAAGCUGGGUGCCAAGAAGGAGGGUAUGGGUGGACCAGCAGACUACCAUGCUCUGGGCGCAAUGGAGGUCAUCUGCAACAGUAUGGCCAAAACGCUGCAGACAGCCCUGCAGCCGCCUGACUGGCUACAAGGACACUACUUAGUGGUGAGGUACGAGGAUCUGGUGGGAGACCCGGUCAAAACUCUACGGAGGGUGUACGACUUUGUGGGGCUGCUGGUGAGUCCUGAAAUGGAACAGUUUGCCCUGAACAUGACCAGUGGUUCAGGCUCGUCCUCUAAGCCUUUCGUGGUGUCAGCUCGCAAUGCCACUCAGGCCGCCAAUGCCUGGCGGACCGCGCUCACCUUCCAGCAGAUCAAGCAGGUGGAGGAGUUUUGCUACCAACCUAUGGCAGUGCUGGGCUAUGAGCGGGUCAACAGCCCUGAAGAGGUCAAAGACCUCAGCAAGACCCUGCUUCGGAAGCCCCGGCUUUGAGAGGGUUUCCCAAGAGAUCUGACACCCUCUGGAGACACCCACAAAGAGGAUGGUGUUGUGUUUAAACAAACACAGCCCAGACCCAAGCUGAGGAAGCCCACAUAUUCUAUUAUAGAUAUAUAAUAUAAAUAACCACACCGGCACUUGCUGUCAAUGUUUUGAGUCAGUGAAUUUCAAGGAACAGCCUCAACACAUGUGCGCGUACACACACACACACACACUCACACACACACACACACACCUCAGAAAAGGCAAGACUUGAAAGUUCUGACAAAUUGCCCUGUCCCCUACCUCUUUCUCCCUCUCCCCUUCUCGUCCUCUCCCUCCUCCCUUCCAUAUUGAAGUGGAAUGUCGUUAAAUCAAAGUUCCAGUAACGCAAAUCUUGUUUACAAAUUGUUUGUGGCAUCUGUGAAUGUGUAAGAUUAAUUUGGAUGUGGAGUGGGGUGGGUGGAGAAGGGGAAAGUGGUCCCAGAGCAGAAAGCCCCCACCGGGCUGGUAAACCUAGGAGGCAACCUCAAAAGUAGACUUUUGUGUAAAACAGCAAAGGUGACAUGUGAGUAUUAAUAAAGAAGAUAAUAAAUAAUAUUCUUUUUUUAUAUUUGCCUCCUUUACUCUGGGUUUACCAGGCUACUUGUCUUGGUAACUUCAGGUGGCCUCUGCUCCCCUCCUCUCCCUACUUGGGGGACAGCUAAGCUGGGAGAAGCCUCUGCCUUCAUAAUAAUUGGGAGUUGUUUUCUCGUGUGCAAUCCAUCGCCUGCCAGCUUCCCAGGAAUGGAAGCAGUCUUUUACAGGCAAAACCAGGCAGGGCAGAGAAGAGAGCACACACUACUUUCCUGUUCAGCUUUGAGGAGAGAAAGGAAGAAACAAGCCCUUGAGAUUUGAAGGCGUUUGGUUUUGGUUACUACUGUAUUGUGAGUUGAGACAGGGUACCUUGAAGCAGAGACUGCUGUUUUUGUUCUGAAGUUGGUUCAGAAAGAAAAAAAAAGAGGAAAAUUUAAAGGCAUAUGUAUAUAUAUUUUUAAAGUUCUAAUGAUUAGAAUAUGAGUUUCAAAAUGGAGUGAAUACUAUUGGCCCUGGUGGCAGCAAUCUCUGUAGUUAGUGGAAGGACAGAAAUAUCCGCUUGGAGUGUUUUUGUCUUUGACACAGUAUCCGAAGGCAUAUUAAGGCAAAGUUGUAACUGAGGACUAGGGGGACACCCACAGGUUUUCUUUCCUCCUCAAGUCCCAUCCAAACCAAUAAUACUAAAGGACAGGAAUUUGAAAUAGUUUGCUGGAGACUUGGGGUGUCCUGGAGCCAUGGUAUUCUCCUUAUUUUCCUAAAGGUAAAUUUGCAAAACAAAGUACCUGAGGCAGACAGUGUAGGAUUCUAACUAAGAACUUUUAGAUACUAAGAGGAUUCAGAGGAAGAGGAAAUAAAAAUGAAUUACUCUGGGAUUCUGAGAUUUGGCAUUGAAUUUCCCAGCAGUGGUUAUGAUACUCCCACGUCCUGAACUCAUAUUGUGCUGAAGUAUUCUGUAUGGUGUUGUAUUAAGAAAUUAUGAAACCCAAAUAGGAAAAACAGACAGUAUAGUUGUAUAUUGUAUAUUAUAUUAAAUGCGGUACAAGCCCA